AUGGAUAAAUCUAUUUUCAGAGAAUUACAGGCAAAGAUUGAUCAUGAGACAUCUUUACGAGACGAGUUAAGCUCUCGUGUAGAAACGAUUGAUCAAGAAUCGAAGGUAUUACGUCUUUUACUUGGAGAAUUUGAGAUUUCGAAUAACGAAACGUCCAUUGACAUUACAAAAAGCAUUGAGGUUAUAAAAGUGAAAAUACAGGAAUUGGCAAAGGUGGCAUCUGAACAUUCGUACUACAAAUACGUUAAUGUCUGGGACAGGGCCAUUCAAGAAGUCGCAUGUUUGACUUUACUGGCUGCCUGGAGGGGUGCUCUCCAAGGGCAUGAAGACAAGAAGUAUCAGCUUUUGACUUUGGAGCAAGUUGGUCAAAUUUUGAACGCGACUUUAGUUCCUGUAUACCCUGAAGAAGUUAAAUUUCACAUCUCAAUUGAGGAGUAUUUACAUGGGGUGUUAUCAAUAAGUACUGAAUUGGCCCGAUUAUCCGUUAAUGCUGUGAUUUAUGGCAAUAAAGAGGUUCCUUUAAAGUCGCUCCAAACCAUUGAAAACGUCCAUUCGUCCUUCCAAUUGCUAUCCUUAAAAAAUGACUCUUUGCGCCGUCAUUUUGAUGGAUUAAAAUAUCAACUUAAAAGGGCUGAAGAUGUGGUUUACGAUAUGAGGAUUCACAACCUCUUAAAUGAGUAA